CACAAUCUCUCCCUCUCACUCUCUCUUUCAUUAAAACUCUCUCUCUUUCCCUCUCCGAGUGUUGAAUGCUGAUUUAUCCCCGUACCCUUCGCCGCUCUCAUCUCAUCUUCCCUUCUUCAUUCAACAACAACAGACAAACAACAUUCAAGUUAAGAAAAAUACAUAUUUCAGAUUCAAAUUACUCAACCUUUUCCUCCACAAAUUAAGCAAAUUUAACCAUUUUUUUCAUGAAUAAAUCUGUUCUUAAUCCCCUUUCACAAACAUGUGUUUCUACUUAAAUUUUGUUUAUUAUUAACAAAUUAACAAACCCAACAACAAAAAAAACACCCAUUUUUGUUUAUCCUUUAAAAGGAAAUUUCCCUUUUUGUUUUUCGCAAAAAUGGAGUAUUUUCACAACAAAUUGAGAGAAAUAGAAGGUAAACUUGUUCAUGAUCCGCAACGUUUGAACCCUAAAAACUCAAACACGACGCGUUGCAUACUAAUUUCAGGCCCGUUAAUUGUCGGAGCAGGCCCAUCCGGGCUAGCCGUUGCAGCAUGUUUAAAGAAAGAAGGUGUACCAAGUUUAGUUCUAGAAAGAUCUAGAUGUAUAGCCUCGUUAUGGCAAUGUAAAACAUAUGAUCGUUUAAGGUUACAUCUUCCUAAGAAAUUUUGUGAACUUCCUUUAAUGCCUUUUCCUAAAGAUUAUCCUAUGUACCCUACAAAAAAACAAUUUAUUAAUUAUUUAGAAGAUUAUGCUAAGAAAUUUGAGAUCAAUCCUGUGUUUAAUCAAACGGUUGAGAAUGCUGAGUUUGAUCAAACAUUAGGGUUUUGGAGGGUACGAACAAGUACAACUUUAUGUAAUAGUAAUAAUAAUAGUAACAACCAAGGCGAGGCGGCGGGCGUGGAGGAUAGUAAUAUAACGGAGUAUGUUUGUCGGUGGUUGGUGGUGGCUACCGGAGAAAAUGCGGAGGUUGUUACGCCGGAGUUUGAUGGGGUGAAUGAGUUUGGAUCAUCAAUAUUACAUACAAGUUUGUAUAAAAGUGGUGAAGAAUUUAGAGGUAAAAAGGUGUUAGUUGUUGGAAGUGGUAAUUCUGGGAUGGAAGUUUGCUUGGAUCUUUGUCAUCAUGAUGCUAUGCCAACAAUUGUGGUCCGAGAUACGGUUCAUAUCCUUCCAAGGGAAAUGUUUGGAAGAUCAACAUUUGGGUUGUCCAUGUGGUUGCUCAAGUGGUUACCAAUAACCCUAGUGGACAGACUAUUACUCAUAAUAGCAUGGCUAAUAUUUGGUGAUACUUCAAAACUAGGUUUGGCCCGACCCAAAAUGGGUCCUCUUCAACUCAAAAAUUUGACAGGAAAGACUCCUGUGUUAGAUGUUGGGACAUUUGACAAGAUCAAAAGAGGAGACAUCAAGGUACGUCCAGGAAUACAUCGUUUAAAGUACCAAGCCGUAGAAUUUGUUGAUGGAAGUAUUGAGAAUUUUGAUGCAAUCAUCUUAGCAACUGGAUACAAAAGCAAUGUACCAUAUUGGCUAAAGGAAAGGGAGAUGUUUUCUCAAGAAGAUGGACUUCCUAGAAGGUCAUUUCCUAAUGGAUGGAAAGGAGAAUCUGGCUUAUAUGCUGUGGGGUUUACCAAACGUGGGUUGUUAGGUGCAUCUAUGGAUGCUAAGAGGAUUGCAGCUGAUAUUGGACACGUUUGGAAUUCUGAUACACGACAUGUUACAAACUCUAAACGCCCGUACUAAUCACAUCCUUAACGACUCGAUCCUUUUAAGGGUUUUUUGUUAGGUACUGCUAACUCUGUCCCGACUUAGUCGUCACAUUGUUGGUUGAAAUUCAAUCAUAUUAUGUGAAUAUGACAGUUGAUUUCGGACCGAGAGAAUAUUAGCUGUGAUAUUAAUGUUAUUGAUGAUGAUGACGACGAUGAUGAUAAAGAGAAAGUUUUGGUGGUACCAAGUGGAAAGCUUUAGGUACUAGUAAUGAAGUAUCUACCUUCAAAAGAAGAAAGGAUUAUAUAGGGGGAUGAUGGGUGGAAAAGAGUUUUAUGAGUUGGAUCAUAUUAUAAGGUCAUACCCAUCUUUUUUCAAAAAAAAAUUGAAAAUUUAAAAAGAAAAGCACAAUUUGAAUGCAAUACUUGGAGAGUGGCCAAGAAAAAAAAAGGGGAAAAAAAAAGUGAGUUAACAAAAAUGUUCAAUUUUGUGGGGACCUGUACAUCUUGUACAUUUGCUAUUUUUAAGUACUUAGAUAUAGGAAAGACUUGUUAGAAAGAAAGGAUUAUACUUUGU